GUGCGAUAUAGUCCACCUUUAUCUCCACCAGCUUUAUUCGCGCCGGAGGGGAAAGCAGGAGAGCCACUGCUUGCCCCGGAGGACGUCAAGCGGGAGGAAGUACCCGCACCGGCAGCUGCAGCUCCUCCUGCGCAAAUGCCACGUGAUCCCGGAGCUGCAGGAG